AUGUUUCCUUGAUAUCGUGGUACCAAAUAAGACAUCUAUCAACCUUAGUUUUAGAUUUUUUUUUUUAAGUAUAACAGCAGCUCACAUCCGAUGGAUAUGAAUAUGGCUAAUAAAGUCGAAAAACAAAAGGUUACAAAAGAGCUCCGGCGUAGACAUGUGGUCCAUCCAGAUAAAAUUUUCUAAAUGAUGAGUAACAAAGAAGUUAAUCCAAUCAGCUGCAUAGUUUGGCUUUCUAUAAAUAUCUGUGGGGGGGAGAGAGAGAGAGAGUAACCGUAAUCUAGGCUACAUUCCCAUUCCAUACUUGGGAGACGGCAAUUAAUCUUCAUCGUCCAAUGUAUCCUUCUUUCCAUUCCUCGGAGUCCAACCCUCUCUUUUUAGACGGCACGAAACAUGAACAGCCAAUCCCAAGCCUGACCCUCUCCCAUGGAAUCUCUCGGCGCCACCACCCAUUCUGAGGCCGCUUCAAGCAUCUCCAACAACAAGACCAUCAUGGUAAAGGCCGAAGAGAGGGAAGGAAAAGUAGGGGGAGGAGAGCAACCAGAGUGCAAUGAAAUCUUAUUAGAUCUCAGCCCCUCCGAUAAGGAGUCCGAUGAUGGCACCUUGUCGUCAGCCCAGCCGGUGCUCGAGCUCGACCUUAUCGGAUCAUUAGGUGCCGCAGCCGGCCCGACCGCCGUCGAGGCCCCAGCGCCGCCGGAGCCCCCAGAGUCGGAGGAGCAACGGGUGUUCUCUUGCAACUACUGCCAGAGGAAGUUCUGCAGCUCGCAGGCGCUCGGCGGGCACCAGAACGCUCACAAGCGCGAGAGGUCCCUCGCCAAGCGCGGUCCCCGGCCGGGCCCCGGCCUUGCCCACCACCCCAUGCACUGUUUUCCACCAAGCAUGGCGGCGCCGCCGCCGCAUGGGGCGUUUGGCUGGAGACCGCUGGGAAUUCAGGCGCACUCCAUGGUCCACAAACCUUAUUACUUCGGGGCAGUGCCGAAGGCCGGGCGAGAGCUAAGUGGCAAGCAUGGGGGGUGUCGGCCGGCGGCAUCAAUCAUCGAUCAUCAGCCGGCCGUCGUUGGGAGGCUACAUAUGGAGAACUUUUGGGCCGGCGGUGCGGCCGGAGGUCCUGCUGCAAGGUUCGAUGAGUCGGCGGUGGCGGCUGGAGGGUAUCGAUGGGGUGGUGGGAAUCAAGUGAGUGUUGGGAAGGAGGAGGGGCAGAAGCUCGACUUGUCUCUGAAGCUUUAGAGUAUGUCAGUUGUGGUAGUUUUAGACUUUCGAUCUCUAGAGACAAGUCAAGUUCUUGUUAUAGGUAAGAAAUUGUUCAUGUGGAUUGAUAGUCGAGGAGACUUUUGAUGAUGUUCUUCGGUGGUUGAGAACUUUCAUCCUGAUGGAUUGAAUGCUUAUCUUUGUUUGGUUGUAGAUAUGAAUGGAUGCCAACAUGUUUUUUGAUCG